AUGAUUGAUGAAUACUCAAAGUCGGACGUACACGAGUUAGGCACUCAUGCCACCACAGAGCAGGCUACGAAUGCAAUGAGACAGACCUUCAAUUAUCAUGGCUUACCCAAAAGGUUGGUGACAGAUAAUGAGCCUCAAUUUAUGUCACAAGAGUUUCAGAUGACCGUGAAGGCCAACGAUCCAACAUCAGUUGACACCACCUAUCAUCCACCAUCCAAUGGGCAGACUGAAAGACUGAUCCAAGAACUCAAGAAGAGUUUGAAGAGUCGGCCAACAGGAAGAUCCAUCAGUCAUCAGGUAUCGAUCAAUCUUACUGCGGUAUCGAACGACACCAAACCAGCCAACAGGGAAGGCCCCGGCUGA